AGGAGGGGUGGGUGAGAGGGAGGGAGAAGCAUUAGGACGAGCCCCUUCCUGUGCCGUCUCUACCUCCUUCCCUUUUGCAGGAAACGGGCAGAAAGAACAACAAGGAGGUUGCUCGCCCAGGCAGCGGCUGCAAGGCUCAGCCAUGAAGAGGCUGCAAAGCUGGUAAAUGAAUCCCGUCUUUUUCUAGUCACACAUUUUGCAAAUUCAAGCAUGAAUUAUCUCUUCGACUGGAGAUCUUCUGAUUUUGGGAGCAUCCCUAAGAGAUCCAAUGGAAUCAGCCCAUAAAGAUGGGCAUUUCUCACAGUAUGGCUAAGCGGAGCCUGUUUUGUCACGAUCCUUUCCAUUUAACUACCAUUUGACUGGAUAAUCGCAAAUAUUUAUUGGGUUAUUUUGAGUGGAAAGCCUUACUAUCGUGACGUUUAAGGAGGAUUGGUCUCAUCCGGUUGGACCCGCAGGGGCUGUUCCUCCCUCCGCAGAAGGGACAUUGCUGUGUUUGAACAUUGGCUUGCAAUAUGGCUACUGAAUUGACGCCUGGAGGAGCUGUGACUUUCUCUUUCCAAAACGUCUUGGAACAUGGCGUGAACUCUGAGAGGAACAAAGUGGAGGAAGCCCCCACAAAGACUUUGGAGGUGGAAGGAGAAAGGAUCACCCCUCGGGUCAUUCAGGUUGGGAACCUUGGGGAAUUCCUGGGCUGGGUGGCCCCGCAAGACUUGGUCCAAGGCUCUGAUGAAGGCUUGGCCCAGCGCUGGGAGGCCCAGUGGCAGGAGGUCUUGAAGGCCGUCCAGCCCCUGCCCGUCGAGUGCGGACUCCAACAACAGUCGAAGCCGGUGCCUUGGGACUUGUGCGGUGUGGUUGACGAGGGCAGUCAGUGGCCUAACGGAGAAGUGGUGGCCCAACUCCUGGUGGACAAUGGCCUGGCAUUUCAGGGUCCAGAUGGUGGAGAGCACAGGAUGGUGGCCAAGGAAGUGGUCCUAGGGGAAGACCUCCUCAAGGCGGAAGCCCAGCGCCGACAUUUCCGGAUGCUGCGCUACCAGGAGACGGUGGGGCCCCGUGAGAUUUGUCGGAGACUCCGGGAAUGUUGCCACCGGUGGCUGAUGCCGGAGAAACGCACCAAGGAGCAAAUCUUGGAGCUGUUGAUCUUGGAGCAGUUCCUGACCAUCUUACCUCAGGAGAUGCAGAGCUGGGUCAGGAGCCAUUGUCCCCAGACAUGCUCUCAAGCGGUGGCCCUGGCGGAAGAGUUUCUCCGAGACCAGCAACAACAGCUCAAGGUGUUGAGUUCGUGCGAGGAGGUGGUUGUGGUCUCCCCUGAGACAGACUGGACUUCAUUGGGGUCUGGACUAAACAGACAAGUGCACGGAGAAGCUCAGCUGGACAGUCGGCAGGAGCUCACGCCAUCAGGGAGCAUCAGAUGCCUGGAUGCGUAUGCCCUUCCCUCCAGCGAGAGAGCCACGAACGGGAAUAAGGUGGACUCAUCCCAUCACCAAGGGGUUUCACAGCUGCCCGUGCACUUUGAGACUCUGCCAGGACAGUCCAGCUUGCUCGAAAGCGGUCAGGAGCUUGAGCCGAUGGAGACUGGGGUGGAGCCGAUGGAUGGAUGGGAAGAGGCCAUUCUCUGUAGCGAAGGCGUGUAUGAGACGGUGGUGCGGCUGGAAGAGCACGGGCACUGGUGCCUCGAAUGUGGAGAAAGCUUUCUGGACGCCCUCCAACUGGAGAGGCACCAGAAGGCACAGCACUCCGGGCGCAAGCGUCCCGAAUGCCCCGAGUGUGGGAAGAGCUUUCGGGACCUUUCCCAUGUCCUUCGGCACCAGACGGUUCACACGGGGGAGAAGCCGUACGCCUGUUCUGAGUGCGGGCAGAGCUUCACCCAGAAACCGGCUCUCAACAGGCACCUGAGAAAGCAUUCGGAAGACAAGGACUUCCCAGGUUUCGAAGUCACCAUCCGGCCUCCAAAGAACCACACGGGAAGCCGCAAACGCCCCGAAUGCCUGGAGUGCGGGAAGAGCUUCCGGGAUGUUUCCCAGGUCCUUCGGCACCAGACGGUUCAUACGGGGGAGCGGCCUUACAGCUGCCUGGAGUGCGGGCAGAGCUUCACCCAGAAACCAGCCCUUAACCGGCACAUGAGGAAACAUCUGGACAUCGGACAAUAUGCAGGCAAUGGGGAAGUUGGUGUGAGCCUAGAAAACAACUACACGGUACCGGCGGCAUCACAAGAGGACACGGUUAGCGUUUUUAGCAACAGAGGUCCCCUGGACGCUUGGCCGACGGGGAGCAAUGACCUCAAAUCCGUGGCUGGCACAGCUGGAAUGUCAAAGAAUAUGAAAAAGAACCUCAUCCGCAGGGGGAUAAAGAAGCACUGGUGCUUCCUUUGCGGGAAGGGCUUUCGGGACAAAGCCGACUUGGUGAGGCACGAGAGGGUCCACACCGGAGAGAAGCCCUAUGCGUGUCUGGAUUGCGGGAGGCGGUUCAACCACACGUCGAGUUUGUACAAGCAUCAGGAUACCCACCGGCCACCGGACGGCCUGCAGAAAGAGGACUUCAGCUGCAGAGAAAACAGUAUUUCAAACAUACAUGUGGCUGUAGAAGGCGGCAACUUUGGGUUGGAAAUUAAGGCGGAGAACUACGAGGAGAAGCCACACGUAGAUCCAAGGCUCCCUGCAAUGGAAAAUUUGGCCAAUAGAUGAAAAUAGACCAGCAUUUCCUUUUUUGGGGGUGAAAAUGUUCUCUUUCUUUCACUUACAGGGUUGUCACAUGAAGCCUGGAGAAAGCUCUUAUGUCUUUAAAGCAGGCAUGGUCCAACUUUGGCCCUCCAGGUGUUUUGGACUUCAACUCCCACAAUUCCUAACAGCCUAUCGGCUGUUAGGAAUUGUGGGAGUUGAAGUCCAAAACACCUGGAGGGCCAAAGUUGGACCAUGACUGCUUUAAGUGGUUGUCUACUCAACUAUUCCAAAACCAAAGCCAAGGCUUGAUCUAUCUACACUGCCAUAUAAAGUAAUAAAAUGCAAUUUAUGGUCAAUCUAAGCCCAUAUAAAUCAGUCCAAACAGCAUUAUAUGGGUCUAAAUUGACCAAUAUAGUCAAUGCAUCCCAUGACAGUGCUGAUCCAAUCCAUAUAACAAGCAGCACUUGCUGGUUUUCCAUCUUGUGUACAUCCUUAAAGGUACAGGAGCCCGCUCCCAUUUCCAAUUUGGCAACUAGUUGACACCCACCGCUUGUGUGUGUGUGUGUGUGUGUGUAUGUAUACAGAUGCUUUUGUUAUCUAAUUAUGGUAUACCGUAGUAGUAUUAAUAAAUAAUAUUGUAUUUUAUUUCCAGUAGCACUUAUUGGUCGACUCUCAUUUCUCUGUCUAAAUAAAAAAGCAAACCUGAUUUUAAAUCAUAA